UAGUUUUCAAUCCGUGGUGCUUCUUACUCAGUUGUAGUUGUGUCAUCUUAUUUCAGAAAGUGCGAUGUGUAUUGAAUUUUCAGUUAAUCUAUCAGUAUUUUGAAAAACGAGCAAUAUAAUUUUAUGUUUUUUUAAGUACUCGAUUUUAAAAACUAUUUUUGAACGCUUCACACUUCUAUAAUGGCUGCUAUACAAGAUCAUAUUGCAUUAAUUGCCAAAGAUUUUGAUAGACUUUGUAUCAAACCUCUUGAUAGUGCAGUUAAAACUGACCACUUCGUUGACGGAUAUGAAAACCCAGUUUCUUGGCAUAAAAGAUACAAUGUUCCUCGUGAACAACUUACCAAAGACAUUUUAUUUGACAACUUGGAUAUGAAAAAUAUGACCUUAGCUCAAUAUUAUCAUAACAUUCCCGAAUAUAUUAAGUGGAAAUUGUUUGGUUAUAAUAUUGUUAUAUCUUAUGAGUAUAUAUCCAAAACACAAUUAAAUGAAGCUUUAGAGAGUAUAAAUGAUACUGUUGAUAUUUUGUCAUCAAUAAACAGUAAAGAUGUAUUUCUAAACUCUAUAAAAGCUGCAAUAAAACAUGUCACUUAUUCUUUAAAGGGUUAUAUAAUGAGUUUAUGCAAUCUUAAGACAAUGGAUUUAGAAGAUUUUGACACUGUUAAUAAUAUGGAUAAUGUAAAUAAAGCUGCAUUGUUUGGUAUACAGUCAAUAUUUUUCUAUGAGUAUGGAUUACCGUGCAUACAAAUUUCUGGAGAUUGUGCACUAAAAGCUAUAUCAUUAAAUGAUAAUGAAUCAGAGUGGCAUUAUUUAAUGUCUAAAGUGCUUACCUUUUAUUCUAGAAAUAUUGGAAGUAAUCAGUUUUCUUUAGAUGAAAUAGGUGAAGCCAAAACUGCAGUCCGGCUUGGUAACAAACCUCAUCAUAAACUACACUUAGUUCAUGUUUAUCAGCGUAUGAGUAAAAACAUCAUAGAUUUUAAAACUGAUAUACUUGUCUCUGAGGCUUCCUAUAUUUUAUUAAAAGAUGUUAUGAAAGAAACAAAUGAUUUAUUUUUAUUGAAAAACUGUCUUUUAAGUUUAUCAAAAGUAGAAGUAAAAGAACAAAGUUCUGUAAUAUCUGAAACUUUAGAAAAAUUGGUAAAAAAAUUAGAAUCAAGUAACAAUGGGUAUAUACACGGUGCUAUUGGUCAUUAUUAUUUGUUUUACAAAAAAGACUAUGAAAAAGCAAAAUUCCACCUGAAGUUAGCUGUAGAUGUUAAAAGUUUUGGUGCUUCAAUUGAUUAUGUCUAUACAUUUUAUAGAUUAAAUCCCAAUUCGACUCCCGUUGAAAAUAUGUUGGCACAAUUUUUAGAUGUAUUUCCACACCAAAUUCACCAAGAAAAACUCUUAAGUCAAAUAAUUUCAUUUUUGAUUGUUACUAAAAAAGACAUAAUGAAAUCACUGGAAUAUAUAUCACAGAUGCUUACUAUCAAACAUAUAGCUUGUGUGUAUAGUAUGCAAAAUCAUAAUAUGAAAUUUUCAUUAGUACACAAAAGGUUUAAUUUAUUAGAAAUUAUACCAGAAAAAUUACAAGUUGCAAUACAUAAUAAUGAAUUAACUUCUGGUGAUAUUAAUAAGAUAAAAAUAGUACUGACAAAAUUUGAAAUGUACAUUUCUUCUCUAAACCCAAAAAUGGUUAGCAAAAAUAUACACAUGUACAAAUAUAAAGAUAAUGAUAAAUUUAAUGAUAAUAAACAAAUUUGGCGAAAACAUAAAAGUAAUCAAGAUCAAGAAAAGCUAAGAAAUGAAGAAAACUGGAGAAAACUUAAACCAGAAAAAAUGUCUAGAUAUCUUCAACAUAAUUUUAAUAAUAGACCUAAAUCCAAUGAAAAUGAAAGAAAGAAUGUUUUUAUUAAAAAAAAUGAUAAAAUAUUUCUAUAGGAAUAUGAAUUAAUAUAUUUGUUAUUAUUUUUUUUUCCAAAUAUUAACUUAUGUUGUUCACUUUAAUUUCUAUUGAAAACAAAAUAAUUUAUAUUGAUACUCCAUUACUCUUAAAUUUUAAUUAUUUACUUUGAAAUUGGUUAUUUUAAAUGUCUAUUUUCUUUUAGAUAUAGCAAAUGUUAAUGAAAGUUAUUUUUGUGAAAAUUUUAACCCUUUUGAUAUGCUCUUUUUUUUUUAGUAAAAAUAUUUACCAAUAAAUUUUG